AUGAACUCUUCCAUCCACUGCGGCGACAACGUGAGUGUGUGGGAGGAGCAGAGUCAGCAGAUGUACACGUACUUCUACCUACUGCUGUUUGUCCCAGGACUGCUCCUCAACACCACCGCCCUGUGGGUCCUCUACAGACACAUCAGUAAGAAGACCAAAGCAGUGAUCUUCAUGAUGAACUUGGCGUUUGCAGAUCUGGCUCACAUCCUGUCUCUGCCGCUCAGGAUCUAUUACUACUUCACUCACCACUGGCCAUUUGGGCGCAAAGUCUGCCUUCUCUGCUUUUACCUCAAGUACCUCAACAUGUAUGCGGCCAUUAUGUUUCUGGUCUGCAUCAGUGUCCAGAGAUGCUUCUUCCUCCUUAAACCUUUCUCCGCUCGGCGAUGGAGGCGGCGCUACGACCUCCUCAUCAGCUCCAUCCUGUGGGCCGUGGUCGCGUUGGGCUGCUGUCCUUUCAUAUUGAUGCGCUCCUCCUCCUCCUCCUCCUCCAGCUCCCUCAGCAUCAACCACCAGCCUACCAUCUCCAAUCUGACCCAUUUAAGUCACAUAAGCUCAAAUCUAUCCAACGCAAAAUCUGAAACCCAAGCCGACGGAUGCUUCAACGACCUCCCUACACGGCACGUUUCAAGUUCUGUUGCCGUUGUCAUGGGGCUGGAAGACCUAAGACAACAGAUGGCAAGGGAUUUGACCAACUUUCGUGAAAUAAUCAAAGAGGACAUGAAGACUCAGCUGGACGUCCUCAAUGUUAACAUCAACCAGAAACUAGAGGCCGCUAGCCGCCAGAUAGAGGAUGCUACACGGCGACUGGAGGAGGUGGAAAUAAAAGCGGCUGGAGCAGAAAAGUGGGACUUGGCAGUGAGGGACACUUUACUUGACCUCAUCAACAACCAGAGAGCACUACAGUCAAAGAUGUCUGAUUUGGAGGGCCGCUCUCGGCGUAACAACAUUAGGAUCUACGGGAUUGCGGAGAAAACGGAGGGAACCUCAAUGCCAGCUUUUAUUGAGAGCUUCAUAUUGAAUGAGCUACGAGAGAGCAUCGGUGUUCAAAGAGGCGCAGACCUUGGAAUAGAACGGGCUCAUCGGGCUUUGGGUCCACAGCCACCGACAGGCGCACCACCGCGCUCGAUUGUUAUUCGCUUCCUGAGUUUCACAACUAAGGAGAAGGUUCUCCAGGCUGCAUGGAAAAAACAGAUGUUCGUCCAGAACAAACGCGUCUUUUUUGAUCACGACUAUGCAACAGAUGUACAGCAGAGAAGAAAGGAAUACACCCCAAUAAAGAAGAUAUUGAAAGAAAACCAGAUCCGCUUCCAAACACCGCUAACAAGGAUCCGCAUUCACUUUGACACUGGUUCAGUUACCUGUAAUGAUCCCCACGCAGCGGUCGCGGAGUUGGAGAAACGGGGGUUUUCGGUUGGGCCAAUUCGAGCGAAGAAGCCAGCGGACCAUAAUGCUGAUACGCUGUCUAAACUUCUACCCUGGCGCACCGUGGGUCCGCACCGCGCUGGUAAAGACUACCAGGAGAGCAUCAGGGAGAGACUGCGUGGGUUCCAGCGACCCGAUCAGGAGGACAACAGCCAUGAAGAAUGA